GAUCGGCUCCGUGAAUGAAUGGGCGGCGGCGGCUCCCCUGCUCAAUGGCUGCUAGGCUGAUACGCACCAGCCCCGCAGCCGGUGCCUCCCUCGCCCUCCCGUGUUUUGUCUCAGGCUCGCCCUGCUCGGGGCUCCCCAGACAUGUUCAACCAGCAGCAGUUCCAGCAGCAGCUGCUGCAGCUCCAGCACCUCCUCCAGCAGCAGCAGCAGCACCACCACCACCACCACCCCCCGGCGCAGCAGGGAGGCCGGGGUUUACCACCACCACAGCAGCAACAGAUGCUGAGCUUACGGGCAACGAAUCAACCAUCACUACUCAAUGCCAAUCCUAUGCUUCAGCGGGCCUUACUCAUGCAACAGAUGCAAGGAAACUUGCGUGGAUUUAACAUGACAGCCCCAGCACUGCAGCAGUUUUUCCCUCAGGCUACAAGACAUUCCCUCCUGGGGCCACCACCUGUUGGGGUCUCGUUAAAGCCCACACGGCUGGGCUUCCCCAGCCUUCCCUUCCAACGGCAGAACCGGAUUUUUCGCAAGGAUUUUCAGAGGGUCCCUGACAGGAAGCGAGAACUAGAUCCAGGUUCUUCGUCUCAGACGCAAGGUGAUGAGAAAAUGGAAAUCCCAGAGGAAGUGCAAGCAGGGUCAGAGCAGAACAACUCCUCACCCUCCACAGAGCCAAGAACUCCAACAGAAUCUGUGUUGAACAUUGAGCCUGCAGCAAAGAGACUGAAGAGCGUGACGGAAGAAUCUACAUUAGAGGAUGCAGCAGGCAGCAAGGAAGCAGGAGAGUCGAGCACACAUGUCCAAGCUGAUGGUACAGAUAGGGUGAAGGAGUACACAGCUGAAGACCUCUCUAAAGAGAGGAAAUUCUCUGAGGAACCAAAGGUCCCUGAGGUAUUGAGCUCCGGAGGUUCACUGAAAGUGACUAUCCAGCAGAGCAGUGAGAGCAGAGCUAUCAGUACAACAGCUUUGAAACCAGGGCACUGGACCUGUGAGGUGGGCACAGCUGAUCCUAGCCCUGAAUCAGUCCUUAAAUUCUACUGUUACAUCUGCAAGACUGACUGCUGCAGUCAGCAGAAUUUCCAAUCCCACAUGGCUGGGAUUCAACACCAGCAGCGACUUGGGGAGAUUCAACACAUGAGCAAUGUUUGUUUUGUCUCUCUACUGCCCAUGGUGAAGGAGCGGAAGAUGCUGACAGAGAAAGAUGGAGAGACCCAGCAACGAUGGUGUAACACUUGUCAGAUACACUUCACAGGGGAUCUAAUCAAACAUCGCAGGACCCAAGAACACAAGUUGGCCAAACGCUCACUCCGUCCUUUUUGCACUGUCUGCAGUCGCCACUUCAAGACCCCUCGCAAGUUUGUGGAGCAUAUGAAAUCCCCUGAGCACAAACAGAAAGCCAAAGAGGUGAGGCUGGGAGAGAAGGAGCUGGGCAGCCCAGAAGAUUCGGAGGAGUUAAUUACAGUGGAUGCUGUUGGCUGUUUUGAAGACGAUGAGGAGGAGGAGGAGGAGGAAGAGGGAGCUGGUGAGGAGGAAGACCUUGAUGUAGUGCUGGUAGAGAAUGAAGAUUCUGCUGCCAAGCAGACUGGGCUGAAAGAAGUGACUCUGGAGGAUUACGAAGGAAGUGAGAAGUACUGUCCAGAUACAGCCUAUGGCCUGGAUUUUCUGGUCCCCGUCGCAGGUUACCUCUGCAGGCUGUGUCACAAAUUCUACCAUAGCGACUCUGCUGCCCGGCUCGCACACUGCAAGUCCCUGAUGCAUUUUGAGAACUUUCAGAGAUACAAGGCAGCAAGGCAUCGUGCCCCAGCUGCCUACCCCGAGGCUCCUUUGCAUUCCCAGGGCUCCAGCUCCCAAUUGCUGGGUGAUCAGAAACAGCCUCCUACUACAGCUGCCGAUACCAGCAAGAAGAUGAAUGCUGAUCACGGGAUAGGCAAGGAAGGUACAGAGUUGUCGGCAGUACAAGAACCAGCUUCACAGUCUCCAGAGGGUAAGGAUGAGCUGGCCACCUCUGUAGCAGAGGACAAAAGUCUAGCCAGCAAGACUCAUGACAUGUGUGGAGUCAUGGUUGUAGAAGAAGGAAAUCUACAGGAGGAGAACAAGUCCGCUACCACUAGUGCCGAUUGCUUGCUCCUUGAAGAGAGCUGCACCGUAGGGGAGCUGUUGGGACAUGCUGAGUGUAAGGAGGAAGAAGGCAUUGGAGCCAGGCAAAGUGAAGGCACAGACAACUGCCAGGAUCCAGGGAGUGGAGGGGGGUUAGAACGGAAUGAGGCAGCAAACACAGGCCAGGAGGAAGCAGCUGAGCCUUCCUCUGUUGCCAAAGGUGAGGCAGCCAGUCUUACCUCUGCUGGGUGCAGGCGCUCUACUAGGCGCAAGCCCAGAUAGAAUGGCCUUAAAGGGAGAGCCCUUUACCCAUGAUAUUUGCUGGAAAUGUUUAUUUUCGGAGUCUUUUAAUAGAGCGAAAACCUUCAACUUUACUGCUGUUUUUAUUUUAAGAAUAAAAUAAGCCUGGCUUUAGCGUGUCUAAUACAGAA